AUGUCUCUCAAGCCUGAUGACCGGUCCCGCAAGGAUCGAUCUCGAUCUCGAUCUCGUGACCGCCGUUCAAGGAGUGAUGUCGCACCUGAGCGCCCUUCCUACAGCGAUAAUCGCGAACCAAGUUACAUCUAUCCAGAGGAUGAUCUCAAUGAUCGCUAUAGUCGCCCAGGCGCACCGCAAGCAAGCGGCGCUCUACCGUACCCCGAAGAGGGAGGAAUCUAUCCUGUGAUUCCUGGGAACUCAUCUCAGUACAGCUACGACCCUCAGCCGCCCACUUACCGAACCGCUUCUCCGCCAAGAGACUCGCCAUAUCGUUCCUCACACGAAAGGGUCGACAGCAGCCUGCCGGGAGCCUUCCCAGAUGACCGCCGCCGCGAGAAAGAUAGAUACCCAUACGUCCAGAAUGCAGAGCCUCGUGCUAAGGAAGACGAGGACAAAUUUAGCUUCCUGCCCCAGAAGUACAUGCGCAAGCUCACUGGAUCUUCAGGCAACGACAAGGAGAGGGACAAGGAUGACGAUGGCUUGGCCUACGGAAAGCCUCCCGUGCCUGUGCGACCUAAAGACUCUUCGGACUUGGCUUACGGAAAGGCCACGGGAGCUCCGUCAACUGCUAGCCAGGUUAUGACUACAUAUAACCCUCCCCCAGGUGCGGAAGACCCGUACUAUGCGCCACAACCACCCUACGGAUAUUCUCAUCGAGAAACUGCAAGCCCUUCCGUUGACCAGUAUGGCUCACGCAAGACAAGGGAAGAUGCACGAUACGACGACGCCUACGGCUCGAGUGCCAAUGUCAUGACCGUUGAGCCUCGAAGCCGCGACGAUGAGAAACACCGUGACCGACGCAGGGACAGGUCUUCCGGUCCCCGGGGUAGCUCAGACCGCUUGACUGUCGAUUCAAGCAGUCGAAAGCGCGAGAAGUCACGCGAUAGAUCGCGAUCCCGCCGAAGAGAUAAGUCGCCUUCACGAGAUACUCUGGGAGUAGACAAACACCACGGGUAUAGAUCACGAUCAAGGGACGGUCACAGAUCGCGGUCUAGGGAAAAGCACCGAAGCCGAAAAGACAAGUCCCCUCAGCCUCCCAGUGAGAGAAUGUCAGGUCUCAGCAUCAACACUGGGCUGACUGUGGGAGGCUUGGCCGCCGGCGGACUCGCUGGUGCAUCCCUAGCCAAUGCGCCUCCGUCACCCAUGCUCGAGUCAUACUAUGGUACUUAUCAGGACUGUUCGCCCAUGCCGUCUCCUCUACUGCUCGCCUCAAAGCACCCAAAUGACGACAAUAGAGCUCUUGAGGCGCUUUCUCCGUUGGGUUCUGAUAAUGAGGGCGAUAGCAGACGCCGUAGCCGACGUGCCCGCUUCCAUGACUCGGAAGAUAUCACCACUCAACUUGCACAGGCCCUCAAGGGAAGCCGCCGUCCCGACACCGAGCCGCUCAUUGAAAUCCUACCAAGUUUGACGCAUGAUCAAGUGAUGAAGCUUCGUGCGGACUACAAGGCACUUGUCAAGACGGGUUCUGAGCGCAAAGGUGUGAACAUCGCCAAGCAUAUUCGUGCUCGUCUCAAAGAUGAAGAUCCGCUAUUGAUGAAGGCCUGCUACUCCGUUGCUCUCGGCAUGUGGGAGAGCGAGGCAUACUGGGCCAAUUUCUGGUACCAGGGUGACAAGACUCGCAGGGAGCUUCUCAUUGAGUCUCUUAUGGGACGCACCAACGGUGAAAUACGUUACAUCAAGGAUGCAUUCACAGACAAGAAAUAUGACAACAGCCUCGUCAAGUGUAUGAAGGAAGAACUCAAGGAAGACAAGUUCAAAAAAGCUGUUCUCCUUGUUCUAGAAGAGCGGCGCAUGGAGGAAUACGAUCAUUAUGGUCGACUUGUCCCAAUUGACUAUGCUCUCGUCGACCAGGACGUCGCUGACUUGCGUCGCUCUGUGAGGUCUGAAAAGGGUGGCGAGACGGCGAUGAUCAACAUCAUUAUACUUCGAAGCGACUCUCACCUACGCGCCAUUCUGCAGGAAUAUGAGCGACAGCAUCGCUCCAACUUUGCUCGCGACGCUCUCAAGAAGAGCGGAAAUCUUGUGGGUGAACUCCUAGCCCACAUUCUCAAUGGUGUUAUCAAUCGUCCUGUUCGUGAUGCCCUCCUCAUCCAUCACGCCACAUCAGCGUCCCGUAAAGAUGGCCUACGCCGCGAGCUACUCAUCUCGCGUCUUGUUCGAUACCACUGGGAUCCACACCACAUGCGCGCUGUGAAGCAAGCCUUCCGGGAGCGCUACGGCAAGGCCAUGAGAGACGCCGUUCGCGAUGCAACGAGCGGUGAAUGGGGCGAAUUCUGUGGUGAAUUGUGCAUUGCACGUAUGCCAGACGACGUCAGAAAAUUUGACAAAGUCAGCUAUAGUGUAAGAUGA